AUGGCUAGCAAUAGAUGGCUGGUGAUUGACCCCACCGAUUCAUCCAUUCAUGACCUGCACUGCCCGACGACUCCUGUCACAGUGGAGGGUAUCUGCUUUCUUUUUACCCAGCUGGGUAUUAAAUGCAGUGAACUCUACCCUCCGUUGGGGUUUGGUAUGGUGAUGGCUUCCUUUGGCUUAAUGUUUCUGGGGUUCUCUGUCCGAACGAAGCCAUCGACUGGUACUCCCCUCUAUGGCUCUUCCCCUGUGUGGCUUGCACCUGAGUGCUUCACCCCACAGCCAGAUUUUGUGACUAUAUGCAGGCAAUUGCAGUGUCAUGCCGUGCACUCUCCUGAACUCCUCUCUGGUGAUUCUGAAAGUGAGGAUGGCAGUGUCACACCUCUACCCCCUGUGGACGAUGAUUCUGAUCCGGUAGCACCGGAUGCAUUGUCCGAUGAUGUUGGCCCAUCCGUUUCUCGUGUGGUUCCUGCACCUGCAAAUAUGGAUACCAAGCAUCGCACCGGGCUCCUUCUGGCCUAUCUAACCGCAAAUUGGCCGAAGAUCCCUGCCUACGACCAGUCAGCCUUGAUCUGGUUCAACUGA